GGAGGCUUAAAAACAAUGUCGCGCUACCAGGAUACCAAAAUUUUCUAAAUAAACCGCACAUUUCAUUUUCCGUGUUUAGUUUUAUUUGUAAAAGAAGGAAUAAUGAGAGAAAUUGUCCAUAUUCAAGCUGGUCAGUGCGGAAACCAAAUUGGUGCUAAGUUUUGGGAAGUGAUAUCCGAUGAGCAUGGAAUUGAUCCAACCGGAACGUACCACGGAGAUUCGGACCUACAGUUGGAAAGAAUAAAUGUUUAUUACAAUGAGGCGACAGGAGGGAAGUACGUUCCAAGAGCGGUGUUGGUGGAUCUUGAACCCGGAACAAUGGACUCUGUGCGAUCUGGACCGUUUGGUCAAAUAUUCCGACCGGAUAAUUUCGUAUUUGGACAAAGUGGAGCUGGAAAUAACUGGGCUAAGGGGCACUAUACGGAAGGUGCCGAACUGGUUGAUUCCGUCUUGGAUGUCGUUCGCAAAGAGGCCGAAGGUUGUGAUUGCAUGCAAGGAUUUCAGCUGACUCACUCGUUGGGAGGUGGAACUGGAUCUGGUUUAGGUACACUUUUAAUUUCUAAAAUUCGUGAGGAAUAUCCAGAUAGAAUUAUGAACACGUUCUCCGUUGUACCAUCGCCUAAAGUAUCCGAUACUGUAGUGGAACCCUACAACGCCACACUGUCAGUGCAUCAGCUUGUUGAGAAUACGGAUGAGUCUUACUGCAUCGACAAUGAGGCCCUUUACGACAUAUGUUUUCGUACCCUAAAAUUGACGACGCCCACGUACGGAGAUUUAAACCACCUGGUUUCGGCGACAAUGUCUGGUGUAACAACGUGCUUGAGGUUUCCGGGUCAAUUAAAUUCUGACUUAAGAAAACUGGCCGUGAAUAUGGUUCCUUUUCCUCGCUUGCAUUUCUUUAUGCCCGGAUUUGCUCCGCUAACAUCACGUGGAAGUCAGCAGUACCGCGCUUUAACCGUUCCCGAACUGGUCCUGCAAAUGUUUGACGCUAAGAACAUGAUGGCUGCUUGCGAUCCCCGGCAUGGACGAUAUUUGACCGUGGCCGCUAUCUUCAGAGGGCGUAUGUCAAUGAAGGAAGUCGAUGAGCAAAUGUUAAACAUUCAAAAUAAGAAUAGCAGCUAUUUCGUGGAAUGGAUUCCGAACAAUGUGAAGACGGCGGUUUGUGAUAUACCUCCACGCGGUUUAAAGAUGUCCGCAACCUUCAUAGGCAAUUCAACUUGUAUCCAAGAGUUAUUUAAACGUAUUUCGGAGCAAUUCACCGCGAUGUUUAGACGAAAGGCAUUUUUACAUUGGUACACCGGCGAAGGAAUGGAUGAAAUGGAAUUCACCGAGGCGGAAUCGAACAUGAAUGACUUGGUCUCCGAAUAUCAGCAGUACCAGGAUGCUACGGCAGAAGAGGAAGGUGAAUUCGACGAGGAAGAGGAGGGAGAAGCCGAUGAUUAGUGAUUCAUAGAAACGUUUGUAAAAAUUAUUGUGUUGUUAUAAAAAUUUAAUUUGGAGCCUA